AUGGACUCGUCGCUCUUCGAGGUCCAGUCCCUCUUCUACCAGGGCGCCUACAGGGGCUGCAUCGACCUCGCCCUCUCGUCGACGUCGUCGGCCAGCUCCACCGACCCGACGGGAACCUCCAUCCUCCUCUACGCCGCCCGCUCCCACCUCGCCGCAUCGCCGCCAAACCCAUCCUCCGCACUCUCCGUCCUGUCGUCGCUCCCGCAGCAGCCCCACGUCGACGCCGUCCGCGCCCUCGCCCGCUUCGUUCAGGCGCGCUCCCAGGGCGACCAGGACGCCAUCAGCAGGGAGACGGUCAACCUCACCGAGCUCCUCGACCACGCCGUCGUGGGCGAGGAAAAGGGCCAGGUCAUCAGGUGCGCCGCUGCCACCGCCCUCUUCCUCGAGGGAGACUCGGAAGAGGCGCUCGAGACCCUCGGCGUCGGAAGCGGUUCCAGCCGCGAGCUCGAAUGCGUCGCGCUGGGAGUCCACAUCCUGCUCUCGAUCCACCGCCUCGACCUGGCCGAAAAGGAGUACCUGGCAGCGCGAGCAUGGGCCGACGACUCGCUCCUGAUUCAGCUCAUUGAGGCAUGGCUCGGCCUGGCCCAGGGCGGUCGGUCGACGCAGCAGGCAUUCUACGUCUACGACGAGCUGGCGCAGAACCCGAGUGCGGCGGGGACGCACAAGUCGGUCGUCUCGCUCGUGGGCAAGGCGACGGCGCUCGCUGCCAACGGCGAUGUCGAGGGCGCCAAAAAGCAGCUCGACGAGGCGCAGCAGCUCGACCCGGAGAACGCAGAGAUCCUGGCCAACAAGGCGGCGCUGGCGGCGUAUGGCGCCAGCCUCUCGCCCAACAAGCCCAACCCGACGACGGAGCUGCUCGAGCAAUUGCGAAGGGCCAAUGCGAGCCACCCGCUGGUGCAGGAGUACGAGUCGCUCGACCGGACGUUUGACGAGGUGGCGGCCAAGUUUAAGCUGGGCAGUGUCGAGGCAUGA